UCAGCUUUCAGUGUUAUACGUGUGCGUAACAAGUCGAGUGAUUCUCCGCGACUAAGGACUUUCGUGUUCAAGUUUUUAUUGACUGUAUCAACAUGAAGAAAAAUAAAUUUUUCAUUUCUACUAUCUUCUCAGUACUAGUGUUCAAUUGUAUCAUCGUAGAAAGAGUAAUGGGGAUUGACACUCUGCCUAAUGUUGAACCAACUGAUGAGGCCGCUGUAAACAUCGAUAUUGAUGAGAUUGAGCAAGCCAUAGUAACGCCGGGCCAGGCAAUCCCUAUUUCACCAGAGACUGACGACCUCACGGGAACCCCGAGCCAUGCUACUGCCACAUCGGCUGAGGAGAAAAGAAUAGAUGUGGAAGAGAUGAUUGAUAUUCAAGAAGCCAUGCUGGAAUGGGAGAAUUCUCUUUCUUCUACUAAAUCGGUAAAUGUUGAUGAAAGUGCUACACUGGACGACUCCACCAACACGGGCGGUUCAAUGGAGGUCAACAUCGAUCUCAAUGACGCCAUGCUGGAAUGGGAUAGCUCUCUUUCUUCGGGAAAUGCUGAUGAGAGUGUUACACUGGACGACUCCUCCAACUCGGGCGGUUCAAUGGAGGUCACCACCGAUCUCGAUGAUUUAAUGUACGACUGGAGUCAUCCCGAUGCAUCUGUUGACGGUUACCGGGAAUUCUUGCUUAGGACUAGGCCCGAAGUAAAAGAACUACUGGAUGAUCCGGAUUACGUUCGAUGGAAUUUCCCCAUGCUUGUUCCAAUGGAAGAAUACCUAGAUGAUUUGAGAGUUAAUUCGGAUGAUAUGCCUUGGAAUCGUCCAAGAGAUCAGGAUGGUGAGGAGAAAGACCUACAUCAAACCACCUGCCCUACAGUAGAAGGAGAAGAUGCCAUCUUUCAAUCUAGUUUUAACACCGACUACAGCGAAUCCACAUCACUAGAUAGGAGGGCCUCCAGAAGAAACCAAGAUAGACCGAACAAAGUUCCAAGUGCAAUUGACGAGGAGGACGAAACUUAUUCAGACUAUUCCGAGUACUCACUGUCCAGAUGGUUUGAUUCUGGCUCGUUUGAUUCAUUGAUGUUGCCUCAAAAGAACCAUAAGCGAAUGGGACCGAAUGAGGCUGAAGCACAAGAACCGGUAACCAGUCCAAACGGACAACCGCAUGCUGAGGCUGAUGGAGAGUCUGAUGGAGAGGCUGAUCUUUCUACAAAUCAACCAUUGCCAAAUGGACCCGUUUCUUCUAAUCCAGAUACAGCUCAACAGUGUGUAGAAACGGAUUCUAUUGUAUCAAGGCAUGCCGAACCGGAAUCCUUUUUAAUGCAAAUCGUAAUGUGUUUCUUAACAUUGUGCUGUUGCUUUCGCAAACCGGAUGGUGAUUCUAAAUAACAUUUUUCCAUUGUAGCAAACAGUGCAAAAUGGUGUUGUGUACUACCAUCUAAACACAGCUAAACAGACCUCAGACAGAAACAGUGAAUUUUAACAACAUUUUUUCACUGUUACUAAUAUUAGUUUUUAAUAUACGUUUUUUCUAAGUAUUAAGUUUUUGGUAAAUCGUUAUUUUAAUAUCAUGUUAUUUCAGUAAUACAUUUUGUCAUUGUUUUUUCUUUAAAAUG